GCUAAUGGUCGAUAUAUUUCUAAUAUUUUAUCAAUUUGGAAUAUGCUGCGUGUACGUAUUGUUCGUUGGGGUAAACUUAAAGGACUUCGUGGAUGUUUAUCUAGAUAAACCAUGGGAUAUUAAAAUAUACAUGCUCAUAAUUUUAAUUCCCUUUGUCCUUAUGAUUUCCAUAAGGAAUUUGAAACUUCUCGCUCCAUUCUCUACUCUGGCAAAUAUACUGACCUUCGUUUCUUUUGGAAUUGUUCUCUACUACAUUUUUCAAGACUUGCCAAGUAUAAGCGAUCGACCUGCUUUUGGAACCCUUUACACCUUUCCUCUCUAUUUUGGAACUACUCUUUUUGCACUAGAAGCAGUGGGGGUGGUAAUAGCUGUUGAAAAUAACAUGAAAACCCCAAAAAGUUUUGGUGGUUACUGUGGAGUAUUAAACAUUGCAAUGAUAGUAAUAACUUUGCUUUACGUGGGAAUGGGCUUCUUGGGUUAUUGGAGAUAUGGAGAUGAUUCUGCCGACAGCAUUACCUUAAAUUUUCCCCCAAAUGACGUAUUGGCUAAGGUUGUGAAGAUUCUUUACUCAAUCGCUAUAUACAUUUCAUACGGACUUCAGGGUUACGUUCCAGUUGAUAUUUUGUGGAACACAUACAUCGUAAAAAAACUGGAAGGCAGUAAACACCUCUUGGUGUGGGAGUACGCUUUAAGGAUCUCAUCUGUUUUUCUGACUU